AUGUCUCUUACAUACUUGCUAGUAUUGUUCCUUGGAGUGGUGGUUCUCGCCACUCCCUCCCUUGCUCAUUACCCCAAACCACCCUCAUAUACGCACAACCCACCUCUUCCUCCUUUUCACAAGCCUCCCCCACUCGUGAAGCCACCACCGGUGGUGAAGCCACCAACCCCAGUUUACAAGCCACCUCCGGUGGUGAAGCCACCAACCCCAGUUUACAAGCCACCAACCCCAGUUCACAAGCCCCCUCCGGUGGUGAAACCACCAACCCCAGUUUACAAGCCGCCACCGGUGGUGAAGCCACCAACCCCAGUUUACAAGCCACCUCCAAUGCACAAGCCUCCUCCGGUGGUGAAGCCACCAACCCCAGUUUACAAGCCACCCCCAGUGCACAAGCCUCCUCCGGUGGAGAAGCCGCCCCAACACAAGCCACCAACCCCAGUUCACAAACCUCCUAAAACGGAGAAGCCACCACCAGAACACAAGCCACCAACUCUGCCUCCCAGAAUUGUGAGACCGCCACCUAUCCACAAGCCAUCACCACCUUAUGGUCACUUCCCUGGACACCCUCCCCUAGUGAAGCCACCAACUCCAUACAUGAAGCCGCCUACUCCACACUACAAGCCACCAUACAAACCACCAUCCCCGGGCCAUCCCAUCUGA